AUGGCCGCAGCAGCCGGGGCGUUAUUCGCGACCAUCGACAAGGCCAAACUGGGCAAAAUCGAGGCCGAAAUCAAUGGAGACGCUGAAUUCAAAGCGUCCGCAGCCACGGUGGACAAUGUCUGCUUUGGAAUUUGUGCGCCAAACUCUAGCGACAAGCUGCUCUUCGGCAUCAAGCAGGGAAAGGUGACGGUCCGAGACGGACCCCCAGCAGGUGAUGACUGGACACCCCAAUUCGACCUCAACGCCCAAGCAGAGCACUGGCAAGAGGUCUUCGCUCCCGUACCCAAGCGGCCCUUUCAGUCAUACUGGGGAAUGCUCCGACUUUUGGGCCAGAGCUCCGGGGUCGAAGUCACCGGCGACAAGCAAGCCUUCACCAAACACGCCCGACUGUGGAGGAUCGUGCUAGACCGGGUCCGCGACGCAUUGCACCCUCCCCCCGCAGCCACGUCGACCGUGGCGGAGGAGUAUACCCCGGACGACGAGCGCGACGACGACUCCAUCGUGGGCCACUACACCUGGCUCACUCUAUCACCGGUAGGGAAGUGCAAGAUCUUCUACGAGACCUCGGGCCAGGGCGAACAGGACCUCCUGUUCCUGCACACCGCGGGGGCCGAUUCGCGGCAAUAUCACUCGCUCAUGCUCAACCCCGCCCUUCAGAGAAGAUGCACCAUGUACGCCUUCGACCUGCCGGGCCACGGGCGCUCGUUCCCAGGAACACACCAGUACCCGCAGUCAUACGCGAACAGCGAGGAAUUUUACAUCUCAGCCAUCCAUCAGAUGAUUGUGAAGCUCAAGCUCAAACGCGUUAUCGUGAGUGGCGCCAGCAUGGGCGGCCAGGUAUGUCUGGCAGUCGCACUACGAGCUUCUUCCCAGGAGAUGGACGUCCGGGGCGUCAUCGCCUGCGAAGCGUGCGACUAUCUGCCCUCCCAGCAGGCCUCGACCAUCUACUCCCUCCAAGGCGACGAAUCGAUCCUCAACGCCGAACGGGUCUGCGGCAUGAUCUCACCCACCUCCCCCGCAAUCUACAAACGCCUAAACUGGUGGCUCUACUCCGCGCAAGCAUCCCGCAUCUUCCCCGGCGACCUGAAAUUCUACUUUGACGGCUGGGACGGCCGCGACCGUAUGCACCAGAUCGACACGGACGUGUGCCCCGUGUACAUGCUCACGGGCGAAUACGACUAUAGCUGCUCGCCCGACACCAGCCGCGCCACGGCCGACAAGAUCAAGGGGGCCGUGUUUGAGGAGAUGAAGGGUCUGGGACAUUUCCCCUUUAGCGAGGAUCCGGAGCGGUUUUUGCCCUAUUUUGUCAAGGCGCUGGAUCAUAUUACUACCUCAAAUAGGUAG